GGACAGCUGGCGACUCACAGCGCACCGCCUGGCGCCCACAGCACUCCAGGCUGAUAAGUACUGUGAGCAGAGGAAGGGGAUAUUCAGUCAGGGAUGAGAGUCGCCAUAUUCUCAACAACCCAGAGAGCUGUAAAGUUAAAUGGAAGAAACACCAUCCGGGUGAUCUAGAGCAGCAGUAACUUCGCGCACAUGGGCGAACAUUUGUCCGUUUCAGUGAGUUAUUGAGAAAAAAAACAAGUGUGAAAAAGUUAACCAAGCAGUAGAAGAAUAACAGGAGGAAACUAUGUCUAAUUCUGGCUUCUAUCAGGGGGACAUGCAAAGGUCCUCUGGCAUGGCACGAGGACAACGACCACCGGAUUUGGAGUUGUCAGAAACGGCGUUUUCCGCGCCUGAUCCAGGAAGAUCUGCGGGCAACGACGCGUAUUUUCAAAGAGACAAAAGUUCUGGGGAAGGCAACACUCCCACGGAGGUGCCUCAUGUACACCUCCACCCUUACGUAUCCCAUCCUCGCAUGUCCAUGCGGAUGUCAGUGUACAGCACCGGGGUGCGUCCAGCCCUCAACCGCGCCUACAUCCAAGGACGCGUGUAUAACUUUCUGGAAAGGCCGUCUGGCUGGAAAUGCUUCUUGUAUCACUUCACAGUGUUUCUCAUGGUUCUGGCCUGUCUGAUCCUCAGCGUUCUGUCUACCAUCCAAGAGUAUGAAGCUCUGGCGCACAAAACGCUCUACUGGGUGGAGAUCUUCCUGGUGGUGUUUUUCGGUGUAGAGUACCUCGUCCGCCUCUGGUCAGCUGGCUGCCGCAGUAAAUACGUCGGCAUCUGUGGCCGGCUACGCUAUGCCAGGAAGCCAAUCUCUAUAAUAGAUCUGAUUGUGGUUGUUGCAUCUAUUGUCGUGCUCUUAGUAGGCUCCAAAGGCCAGGUCUUUGCCACCUCUGCUAUAAGAGGGAUUCGCUUCCUGCAGAUUCUGCGGAUGCUCCAUGUGGACCGGCAGGGAGGAACCUGGCGUCUCCUGGGCUCAGUUGUCUACAUGCAUCGACAGGAGCUGAUCACGACCUUGUACAUUGGAUUUCUGAGCCUGAUCUUUGCCUCGUACUUUGUCUACCUGGCAGAGAAAGAAGCAAAUGAGAGUUUUGAAAACUACGCUGAUGCCCUGUGGUGGGGAGUGGUGACAGUGACUACCAUUGGAUAUGGAGACAUAAUUCCAAUGACCUGGAUCGGAAGGAGCAUUGCAUCCUGUUUCUCAGUCUUUGCCAUUUCCUUCUUUGCUCUGCCUGCAGGAAUCUUAGGCUCAGGCUUCGCCCUCAAGGUGCAGCAGAAGCAAAGACAGAAACACUUCAAUAGGCAGAUCCCUGCAGCUGCCUGUCUCAUUCAGACAGCGUGGAGAUGUUUUGCUGUGGAGAACUUGGAUUCUGCCACAUUCAAGAUGUUUUUGAGGAAGAAAUCCAGCUUCCCCACCUCCGCUCUGUUCACCCAGAAUCCCAAGAAAUCGGUGAAGAAUAGGAAGAUGUUGAAGAGCACCAACAACGGCCCUGCUGCCACAGCUCCCAGCAUCACCUACGACUCUGCGUUCGAUAGUGGGAGGGAGCUGAGCUCUGACGUUUACAGCACUGUGGGGACAGGUUUCGCAGGAUCCCGGACUUUGGGAGGAUGUGAUCACCAGCAGUCCUGGCCGUCUUUCUCUUCCGUUCACUUCAGCUCACAGCCUCCAGGCGCAGUGAAAGCAGGUGCUGGGUUUUUGGAUGUCCCUCCCCCCGGUCCCCUCCAGAGGAACAGCAGCUUUGCAGACGACCUGGAGCUGGAAUCAGAGCGAUUCAGUGCACUGGCUCCUGCUGCCUCUGUGUCACAAUUGACAGAGUCACACCAAAAGGCCAUCCAGGUGAUCCUGAAAAUGCGUUAUCUAGUGGCUAAGAGAAGGUUUCAGCAAGCUCGCAAGCCGUAUGAUGUGCGAGAUGUGAUUGAACAAUACACCCAGGGUCACCUCAGCCUCAUGAUGCGAAUCAAGGAGCUGCAGAGGAGACUGGACCAGUCUUUAGGGAAGAUAACUUUGUUCCACGAGUUCAGACAGAGACAAAGACAAGGGCAACUCCGUCGCUCCAGACUGAACAGGAUAGAGGACAAGAUUGCAAACUUAGACCAGACGAUGAGCCGCAUCGCAGGGUCCCUCUCCUUACUGCUGGACCAAAGGGACGUCCGCGACGGAGAAGGUGGAGGCAGGCAGAAGCCUCAGCUUGGACAGACCUUAAAUGUCCCGCCCAGCCAGGACGCCUUGCCACGCUAUGACCAACUAUCUUAAGCAUCAAUCUCUUCUCACACUGCCAGCACAGCGGCCUUCCCAUAACCUCACUUCAGCAUAGCCAACAGUAAGGAUGAGAGCUGCUGAAAACAAACUGCAACAUACGUCUAAAGCAGUAGCCUACCUACCUAUACCUCCCUAAAUACCUAGAAUCCAUACUUAUCUAUCAUGCAUAGCCUAUAAUGACAAAGAAAUGUAUAAUUUCUGUAAAAAAAUAUUUUUUACACUAACUAACCUCUAAAAAUAGCACCCAAUGCAUAACUAUACACUAACUAUGUUAUGGCCAUCUCUGAGCAUUGACUGCCUUUCGACUGCGCAGUCAUGCAAAAACUUUGGCUAGCUUAACAAAAGCUACAGCUAAAUUAAGUCAAUUUAUCUGCCUUUAGGUGUCGACUAAAUUUUAAAGAACUUGCAUAUUGUUAAUUCUUAGAUGGUGGCUAAAUGUAUUAUGAUAACUCAUGCUUGUCUCAUUUAACAUCACUAAACUCUAACAGCCUUAACUCACCCCUAGCUUAAGCGCUUUUGAUAUUAGGCAUUAUUUCUUAACGUAGCCUACAUUUUUUUCCUAAAUUUGAAUAAACUACUUAAUAGAGCUGAGCCCCACGCUUACUGUUAUUCUGUGAUUUAUGAGCUCCAACUGCUUUGCAUUUAUUACCUUGACACAAAGAUGUGGACAACUAAAAAGCUAAAGCAACACAGCCAUUUAAGCAAAAGCUAGCUAGCUAGCUAUGUGAUAUACAAUAGUUAGCUUUAGCUUAACUUAAACAAAAUGUAACCUAAUUGAUCAGAUUUUUGCCUUUUGCAUUUGGUAUUUUGAAGACUUGAUGUCUCUGCAAUGUAAUUUGUAUUUCUAGAUAACCAAUGGACAGUGGUAGAACGUCGACUCACAUUGUUCCAGUGAAUCGUUUACAAUGAACAACCAAAGCUCACAGUUGACGGAAGUUGAAGUCAUAUAUUUUCAGUAGUUUCAUGUGGACGUCUCAAAUAGCUACAAACAGUCAAAUAUGCUCUUGCUGUCUCGCUCUCUCCCUCAAAAACCGGGUAAGGAACGACUUCAGUUAACACGGUGUAAACCCGGCCUAAGCUCGUUUAAAACCACUGAGCCCUAACUCAAAAUGUUUGCACUGAAAGCUGGUGAAGUGGCUAAUUAGCUGGUGCUGAUUAAUGUUUUGCCUAUUUGUUGUUCGUUAAUUAUAAAAUAUGAUUUCAAAGGAAAUCUGUAAUCUUUUUAUAUAACUAAAGGACGCAGUGGCUGCAGUAUAUCGUGUAGUGAUAAAUCUUAACUCCUGCUCAAGUUAACAAACACGCUUAGCAGAUUUUGUGAAGUUAUUUCAGCUUUUACUCUAGUGGAAUGGACUUUAUAAAUAAGUGGACAGACAAAACAAACAUCUCAAUUACCAGUGUGUUUGACCUGUGUAUUCUACACUUUUGAAGACCUGUGUAUUAUGCAACAUUUAAGACAUUUAUAUAGCAGACAACAAACAUAUCCUGACUAAACGUAGCCUAUUGUUAAAUAUUGACUUUCGAUAAAAAAAAAGACUUAAGUCAAACUCCCUCUGGGUUUGUUGAACUCAGCUCGGUGUUCACAUUGACAGGACACUACUUCCUUAAGCUGAAAUGUUCUCACUCACUCAGGAUGCUGUGUGUAGUGGCACAAUGGCCAAACAUUGUUGAAAGAGUACAAUUCAAGGAGAGCCAACUGACUUUCCAAACCUAAGAAAAAACUUUAUUUUGUCUGAAAUGCUUAAAAAGAAUAAGAAUUAAAAAUCUACUGCUGCAUAUCUGAAUGGAGAUCAGUCCUAAAAAAAGACUCGGGACAUUAAGUAAGGGUUGGGGAGCAGAGGAAGCAGUGGGCUGAGGAAUCAAGGAAGUUAGAUUGUUUUGGUCUGAGAGACUUGUGCCAAUGUGUAACAUCUACUGGACAUCUACUCUGAAAGUGAUGUGACUGACUUUGAUACACAUCCCCACUAAGUCUGUGAGGGCCUAAGGCUGUCCCACUGUCAAAUUGUCAAUGGCUUGAGGGAUCUCUCGCAGGCUUUUUGCCCCUUUUCCAUAAGUUGGCAUAUCUGCGGAUUGAGCGUGAGGGAAUUACCUAUAGUUCAUAGUAUUGUGAGUUCAAACACAGGAUUCCCAGCAGAAAUGUGCAAGCAUGGAGUGUAAAAAAAAAAACGGAAAUAAAUAAAAAGGAGAGAAAGAUAAGAAAGCAUGGACGGU